GAGAAACUGUUGGAGGCCUUCACAAAAGCGCUGAAGAGCAAAGGUUACUUGCACAAUCUUGUGAAGGCUGCCGUGGCGGAUGAACCGCACAAGCAUUACCAGCCCGACGGUGCUUCUCGGGAAAGACACAAACACCUCAUCUUUCUGUUUCGAGCUCCGUUUGUGCACGCUGGCGUUCGCAAGCUGUUGGCCGAAGAGUUUGGGUACCAUGGAUUCUUCACAUUUCAUCGCGCGGGCUGGUGCGCCUAUCUGGAUUACCUGAUGAUGGAGAGCGCAAAGAAACCAGCGCAUGAUUUAGACCGUGACCUUGUGUUUUAUCCGUCAAGUUACACCAAGCAGAAAGCUGAUGGCGAGCUUGCAGGGAUGUCCUCGCAGGUGGCUGGCAGAAAGAAGAAUGAGGGGCUGCAGAAAGGUCCGUCGGAGGCCUUGCAGAAACGACGCCGGCGCAUGUCUUUUAGCGAGCUUACAGACUUUGUUGUCGAAAGGAAGAUUUCAACCGUGGCAGAGCUAUGGAAGGCCGCCAAAGAGGAAAAGAUGCGUGGCAACUCUUUGGUUUGGGACCAUGUGGGGCAGUUUCGGGAUCCAGCUGCGGAAGUGCAGAAAAUCUUGGCUGCGUGGCACCGACCUGAAACCUUGGGGGCUUCAACUCUUAUCACCUCACCACGCUUUCCUUUGGAGCACUUUGAUGUACCUCCACGGGUCCUGCAGUGGAAGGAGACCCAAUCCCUCACCCAUACCUUAAUCCUGCGUGGUCCGCCUGGGACUGGGAAGACUGAAAUGGCUAUAUCCGUGCUUUUGUCCACAUGCCGCGCUGGCAUCCACUUUGUCAGCAAGCUUGAUCAGAUGCAUAAGAUCACCGUGCACCCAGGUGAGGGACUUGUUGUCGAUGAGGCUUGUUUCAGGACAGUGAGCAUUGAUGAUGCGAAAGCUUGGUGCGAUGUGACUCACGCACGCGAUGUGCACAACCGUUGCUCUGACGGACACAUUCCAGCGCAAACGCCAAGGAUCUUCACUACAAACCAUGAAGUCCCACAGUUUUGGCCCCCCAGAGUAUUUUCAUUCCAGUCAUCAGGCUGCAAUUGA